GGGUGCAUUGUCCCCUUCGCCAUUACUAACUUUAUUCCCUUCGCUCAACCAAUCCCUUACAGAGUAAUCAUGUACUAUCACUCAUGGAUUCCAAUGCAGACCCUAUUAAUUCUGGCGUGAAUGCUAACGAUGCCGGAUGGCCUACGCCAGAAGAUGGCACCAUUAUACGUCGCGUCGGCGGUUCUGACUGGUCUGUGUAUACUGAAAACCCCAGUGGAUCACCAUACCCCCUUUCCGCUGAAAGUGCAUUCGCGCUUCCCCUUGACUCUGCUCUGCUCUACUUCCUGACUCGUGGCGGCGGCAACGUCGGUGACGUGAACAUCGUGAACUCGGACGUCGCUAGAAAUAAAGUCGAUGUCCGUGUGCAUGUGAAUUACCAUAGACAGGAAGCAUUGGAUCAUGCUAAUGUCUGUUUGUUGAAGAAAGAGAAGGAGGAUGGUGAGGGUGUGGGUAUUUUUACACCCAAUGGUUGGCACCCCACUGAUAGGCUAGACCGCAUGCAUUUCACGGUUACAGUGACUUUCCCCGCUACCUCGGAUGGCAGUCCUUUGAAGAUCAAGGACUUUGAAAGCACUACUUCUCACUACUCUCACCAAAUUGCCGAUCUCCGGGGAACAGUUUACUUCGGUGUCUUCACCAUAGGGAGCGAUUCUGCGGGAAUCACCUCAGAAUCUAUCUUCGCAGGUUCCGGCACGUUCAAAGCUACUAAAGGGGCUAUCAAGGGCGCGUUCAAUGUGUCCUCAUCGCUAGAGCUUACAACUACCGAUGCAAACAUCACAGCUCGAGUGGGUCUUCGGAACGACGUGGCUUCUUAUCUGGCUGGAAAUCAAACAAGUGACAGUUCUACCCACUCUGACGCAGGAACUGGCGGAAACUUCAAAGUCUCCGCUACCACCGUCAAGGCACCUAUCACCCUUACUCACAUAAGCUCUCCCAUCGACUCUAUCCAAAACCUCGUCGUAUCUACCGUAUAUGCUCCCGUAACUGUGUCGUUAAACAACGCCUACGAAGGCGGUUUCACACUCAAUUCCUCAUACUCCCCUCUCACUGUGGUCAAGAGUGGUGCAACGGAUCCUUCUGGACAAGGACGAGAGCGUGUUCUGAAGAAAGACUCGCAGAGUUCGGAUCAUGUGACUGGCUCGGUGUAUUGGAAUCCUAAUAGCGGACCAGGGGUAUCUCAAGGCAGUGUUCAGAUCACGACGAGCAAGUCACCCAUCAGGCUUACCGUCUGA